CUACCCCGCCCCUUCAGGGUUUCCUACAACCGUCAGCGGUCGUGGUGCUAGUUUACCUCACACAACGAAGUACUGAAGGGACCAUUCGCGGCAAUAACAUCAUAAUAUGAACUCAGGAAUACUAUCAGUAGUGUGAAGUUAUUUUAUAGACAUUUGUUUUAAAGUUAUUGUCGUGUAAUUGUAUUGGGCGGUUUCCUGGGUCGUCUUGUUCCUUCCUGCCUCUGUUAGCCGGCUAAUCUCCAGCGAGCGACAAAAUGGCUGAUUCGGACAAGUUAAACAUCGAUUCAAUCAUCCAGCGCCUUUUGGAGGUGAAGGGCUCCAGACCUGGUAAAAAUGUUCAGUUAACUGAACAUGAAAUUCGUGGACUGUGUCUGAAAUCUCGGGAAAUUUUCCUUAGCCAGCCGAUACUGCUGGAACUGGAGGCCCCACUCAAGAUUUGUGGUGAUGUUCAUGGUCAGUACUAUGACCUGCUCAGGCUUUUUGAGUAUGGAGGAUAUCCUCCGGAGAGCAACUACCUGUUUCUGGGAGACUACGUAGACAGGGGCAAGCAGUCACUGGAGACCAUCUGCCUGCUGCUUGCCUACAAGGUCAAAUAUCCAGAGAACUUCUUUCUUCUCAGAGGAAACCAUGAAUGUGCCUCCAUCAACAGGAUAUAUGGAUUUUAUGAUGAAUGUAAAAGGCGGUAUAACAUCAAGCUUUGGAAGACAUUCACAGACUGUUUCAAUUGCUUACCAGUAGCUGCUAUUGUGGAUGAAAAGAUUUUUUGUUGCCAUGGAGGUCUUUCUCCAGACCUGCAGUCUAUGGAACAGAUCCGCCGUGUGAUGAGGCCCACAGACGUCCCAGACCAGGGUUUGCUGUGUGAUCUGCUCUGGGCUGACCCAGAUAAAGAUGUCAUGGGCUGGGGAGAGAACGACCGUGGUGUUUCUUUCACCUUUGGGUCUGAUGUUGUGGCCAAGUUCCUCCACAAACAUGACAUGGACCUCAUAUGUAGGGCCCACCAGGUGGUGGAGGAUGGCUAUGAGUUCUUCGCUAAGAGACAGUUAGUCACACUUUUCUCAGCUCCCAACUACUGCGGAGAGUUUGACAACGCAGGUGCUAUGAUGAGUGUUGAUGAGACCCUGAUGUGCUCAUUUCAGAUUCUGAAACCAGCGGAGAAGAAGAUGCUGUCGUAUGGCAGUGCAGGAGGAUUUGGGUCUGGUAGACCUGUAACGCCUCCACGAAACGCAGCCAAGGGUGGCAAAGCAAAGAAAUAACAUCAACUACUGCAGCGCGCCUAUACAUCCUGUCCAUCAUUCUACCUCUCCUUCUCCUUUUCCUUCUCCUCUUCAACUCCAAACACCAAAACAAUGCAGGGCUUUUUUUUUUU